GUGGAGGCGUUACUAUCGAAUGCGAUAGCAUGAGUCAAAUCACAUCACGCCAAAUACUAUCGAUUGUACUUUAUUUUGUAAAAAUAAUUUGCAAAUUUGGCUAGAUAAUUUGUACCAUUAUUCUAAAAUCAAGGCUGAAUCCCCAUCAAAACACGAGACCAGUUUGUUGACCGCCAUUCAAAAGACUCGGAGACCAGGACUUCUAACACAGUGGGAAACCGCGAAAAACAGCUAGCGGCUUUUCGCGAGACGCCGACAUUGGCAGAGGAAAACAGGGACAGCGAGGAAAUCAAGGAAAGCGGGGACAGCUAGCGCCUUCGAGCUACAGUCAUGUCGCGCAGCGUGCGGGCGGAGACGAGGAGUCGGGCGAAAGAUGACAUCAAGCGGGUGAUGCAGGCGGUGGACAAGGUGCGCCAUUGGGAGAAGAAGUGGGUGACCAUCAGCGACACUACCAUGAAGAUCUACAAAUGGGUGCCCAUCGCCUCCGCCAGCGAGAAAAAAUCCAAGCUGGAGUCCUCUCCGGGCUCUGCUGUCAAUCGACGGCCGCCCACGAGUUCAGGGGGCGUGCCCGUCGGCGGCGGCGGCAGCAAGAGCGACAAGGAGAACUCGCAGAAGGGCACGCCCACGCCGCCCCAGAUCACGCCCAGCUACCAAGGACUCACUGCCGAGGACUCCAACACCUGUUUCUCUGUCGUCUCCGACAGCCAGGGCGCGGACUUUGUGUCAAGUAUGCCCUUCUCCGAGGACUCGAACUCGCAGGGCAGCGAUGGACCCGUGAAGCGGCUGAAGACGAGCGACUAGCCAAACAUUCGCAGCCACAGCGCGUACAGCAGCAGCAGCAACUAACUAAGAGCCCUAGUUAUGUAAGGAUAGCACCGACAGCCGGAGAUCGGUAUUGAGAUCGCGAAGAUGACGACGAGAGUAUCUGCCUCAGCCCAAGACUUAAGCAAUUCUCCUACUCUAACAGAUUAGGACCGGCAGCUCCCCCGCUGCCAGCCUCAUUCAAUCUUCAACAAGGCGGGGUAGCUGCAGGUCGAUAGGCCCAUAGAAUUAAGCUCACAAUGUAACAACCUAUUUAUUAGCAAAACAAACGAAUCGAUUGUGAACGAACCUAAAAAGGAUGUUGGUAAUGAUGUAAAAGAGAAUUAAGAAAAAAAGCAGCCAGUCUGAACGUAAAGUUUUUUGAAUCCCAAUUUUUAUGCGAUCUGACAAAAAAGUAGUAAAUAAAUAAUUGUACUGAAAUUGAGAUAAAUUUCUUGAUUACUUUUGUCAAGUUAGCAUAAACAUUUCGUUUCCAUGAAAUUGGAUCGAAAACAAUUUAAAUUGUAGUUUUUCAAAAGUAGAUUUACCAUGUCGAUUUUAAAAGUUAUUCUACACAUUCAGUGAAUGUAACCGACUUAAAAAUCGAAAAGGUUAAUCACAUCCAGAUUGAAUUAAACAAACUCCUUUAAUAGAUUAAUAAAUUUAGAGCGAAAUCGAAAAUACCAACCAGUAAUACCAAUAAAAAUCUUUAUAGCACACUUACCAAAAUAAAUCAGACAUUAAGUGCUAGCAGGCCUCGAAAAACAUGAUAAAUGUUUACUUAACUUUCACUUUGUGUUUUUUACAUUUUUUAUGAUUUUCUUUAUUGAAUGUUUUAGUUUUCUUCAUCUUACAAUUUUCCCCCCGUAUGUAUAAUAAUAAAAAAAAGGUUUAUUCUUUCAACAAAUAGUUUUUCAUUUCAUUCGUAGUUUUACUCUUAUUAUGUUCUGGUUUUUCGUUAUCCAUUAUGUAGCUUGACAUUAAAUAUACAAUUAACUUCACAUAUAGCGUUGUAUAUGGCCCGAUUGGCGUAUACAGCUUUAGUUUCUUUCAUCUUUCACUAAAAUUUAUGCUAAAAACACGCUUAAAUGAAGGGAAGCACAGAUUUUGCACAGAGAACGAAAAUGAAAAAAAAUGCACACACAUUUCGACUUUCGACGAGAAAGAUAAAUCAUAAAUCAUAAUACAAUUCAUAAAUCGAUGAUAUAAUUAAAAAAUAAAAUAUUUAUAUAUAUAUAUAUUGAUGUGUAAAAAAACACGCGCGACAAGUUUCAACUACACACACAAAACGAAAAAAAAUAGAAAAGCAGAUUGGCUUGCGCGAAAGCCAAAAAAAAAGGGAGAAAUUGAAAAGCUUCGCUUUUCUUUGUUGCACAGUGUAGGCGGGGAGGGCGUUUGCACAUUUUCAUUUUUGGAAUGUAUUGCGAAUUUUGAAUCUCGAAAAGUCCCUAUUCUUCUGGAUCAUUAGCACUUUCCUGGGUCCUGUCUGUGUGUGUUCGAAUAAAUAAUUAAAUUAAUUAUUAUAAAUAGAUAUAUGUGUGGGGGAUGCUUGUUUUUUUGUUUUUGUAUCCUGGUUUUAGCACAAAAGUGUUCUCUUUCGCUUGUUACAUUUAGUUUUACACAUAUAUAUUUUGUUGUAUAUUUUUUAGCUCGCAUUUUUUGUUGUUAUUUUUUAGAAAAAUAUAUAGAAAUCCUAGCUGGGAAUCGUCCCUUAGUUGCCUUGUGUAUACAUAUAGAUAUUUUGUUUUCCGAUUUACAUACAUAUAUAGUUAAUAUUGUCAUUUAGC